AUGGUAUCAUACAGUUCUGGACAGGACGCUUCAGGCACCCACGGUCAAGCAUGGAUGGGAAUGGAUAAAAAAGAAAUACAGAGACAAGUCAAAAGGGUCAUGUUUUCCCCAUCAAUCGGAGAGAUGGAAAAUAGAGAUAAACCUAGGACCUUGGACAGCGGGUCUUCCAGCAUAUCUAAUCCCCCCAUCUCCAUCAUCGGCUUGCCGUCCCAUCGAACCCCUACGAUACAUCGCAUCCAAGAAUUGUCGGUCAGUCAGUUUGCAGCGCCCGGGGCAGAUAUAGAAAAGGACUCGGAGGAUCCAGGACCAGAAGCAAAAGGCACAAGGAAAAACAUAAGCAAUUAUCCACUGACAUCUUGGCUGAUUGGAUUGAUUUCGAUUCGUGCGACGACACUACGGCCGGCCCCUCAAGAAGGAUAUAGAUCAAAGCACGAAGAGAGAGAUACGGUACGGAGAAAGAUUCCCGCAUCAUAAGCAAGCAGGGACGGUCAGCCUUUUUUUUUUCUUUCAUCCCAAUCUUGCCGACUGUUCUAUCCCAUCCGCAGGCACGUCCGCACUACCCACUACUACGGACGCUCGUAUCAUCAUCGUACGGUACGGCAUACAGGCAAACAGUAGCGGGCGAGAAAGAGUUGGAUUUUUUUUUUAAAUUCCCAUUCCCUUCUCCCUCCCCGUCCCGCCGCUAGUCACAGCUCUGCUGCUGCCCGGUGGUCUGUCGUUGCUACCGGUAUCACUGCUGGUAGAUUACCGGCACAGCAGCAGUUUGCCCGUUGGGGUUGUCCCGUUUCCCUUGCCUGUUAUCGUAGCGGUACAGUUGCUACCGCUGCUGGUUGUGCUGCUCUUACCACCGGUGCACUAAGACUCGACAAGCCCGCUACCCAAAAACCUACGCUCGCUACCCGUUAGUGCCAUCCACUCCCCCACAUUCCGUUGCGGAGACAGAAGGUCAACCACCCCAUCCAUCCAUCUUUCGACGGUUGCGGAUGAGUACGCUUCCUCGCCCCCUUGCUUCAGUCCCCGUCGUCCAUCCACCAUCCUUACAAAUGCUCAACGCUUCACACUACAAUCACGAUAUACUGAAGUUUAAGCCCAAACAUUGCUAUCCCAUGGCUUCUUCUCGCUCUACCUUCGAUUUCUGUGAGAACCCGCCCCCCCCCCCCCCCCCUCCCCUCUAACCACCUGUGCCCCGCCUUGCCCCGCCUAUAUCCCCGUGCGCCUCCUCACUCUCUCCUUCACCGCCCUUCCCCCCGCCCUUUCAGCAACCGACAAUUUAGCCUUUCCUCGUGCUAACACUGAACCUUCGCAGAUGGCUUUGAGGCCCGAUUCAACGCCCCGUCGCCCCCCGCCCCGGUCGGCCCGCCACUGCUUGAUACUCACGAGCAAAAAGGGCUUGAGAACUGGUUUGAGAGUAUCGGAUCAGGCUCUAUGCCCUCUUCAAAUCUAUUCGACUCCGAACUCCCCGAUGAUCCUCCCUAUUGGUCACCAGAGAUGCCUUCGAACUAUCAGAACACCGUCCCGGAAAUGCCACCACGCCACCACCACCAUCAUCAAUACUUGAGUAGUAGCAUGGAUGGAUACCUCACCAGUAGCCCAGUCUCCGCUGCGCCUUCGCAGGUUGAUAUAAACUCCUUUAACGCUAGCCGUGGGCUAUUGCAACGCCAACAAGGGCAGGCUUCUCAGCAGAUCGGCAAUCACAACCUUCUCAACUUUGGCACGGAUACAAACUUUGCGCCCAACGGGUACCAUCCUCCUGCACUUCCAGUGCCGCUCGAGGAAAAAGAGGUGGAGGUCCGCUCGAGGGUUUACGCUGCAUUCAGGAAUGAUUCCACCGUCACCACCGCCGUGAACUCGCCCACCGAAAUAAAGUACGAACAGGGCGGAGGGGAUACGGAGGACGACGAUUCCGGCACACCCGUGUACGAUGGUAACGAAAGCACACCAUCCCCCUCGAGAAAUAGUGCAAUGCUAAAGAGGCGCAUGGAUGGGGGGGAAGAUUUCUCAAAGUCGGCUCGUAAACCACGGUCCCGGAAGUCGGAGGCGAGCAUGCGAAUGGCCAAGAAGAAGGCUGGUGGUCAGAAAAGGGACAACUUGACCGAGGCGCAAAAGAGGGAAAAUCACAUACAUAGCGAACAGAAGCGUCGAAACCUCAUCCGUCAGGGCUUUGAAGACCUCUGUUCCCUGGUCCCGGAGCUUUCGUCCGGGGGCUACAGCAAGAGUGCGGUUCUGGUACAUGCCGCCAAUUACUUGGAUGACCUCAAGAAGGGAAACGCUCGAUUACGCUUGUAUUUGCAGCAGCUCCAGCAAUUGCAGAUGGAUCGGGCUUACUAGUUAUGCGUGGAUGCUUUGAUUUUGGGGUGGAGUACGCGUUGGGUAUUUGUGGGUUAGGGUAAAAUACCAGCAAGUAGAGCGGUGGUAAAAAAUACUUUAUGGGGGGCCGGAGUUAUUGGUUUCAUUGCUUUUCUUACAUUAUGUUCCAUUUUCAUUUAUUUCAUAUUUUCCCCUCCUUACUCAUCUGGAUGAAUGAUGGCAAUCGGAGGUGUACGACCACGGACGUGUCUCUGUUACUGUAUUUUCCUGGAGUUGAAUUCUCUGUAUCUUUUUCCCUCUUCCCUUCCUUCCCUCCCCCUCCCUUCCCUUCUAUCCUUUACUCUUCACUUCAAGCUCUCUUCUUUAUCCGAUAUCUUUUUCUGGAUGCAGUCCCUUUUGUUUUAAUUAAUGUACUGCGAACCGUACCUGGGGCGCCCGCAGCAAGCUGAUAGUCACUGGCUGCCCGGCUACCGGUAUCGGCUCGUUCUGUUCUGCCGUUUGUGGAUCGAUAUCAUGUACUCGAGUACCGUAACCUAAUGAAAAAAAAACCUGUCUGAUCUGAGUGUGAUAUCGCGGUAUCGUGGUUUGUUCAAAGGGUAAAAACGCACACUAUAACCCGGUAUUGGCUAAUAGCAUAAAUUUUUAGGGUUUAUUAGCCCUGCGCAGAUCCUCGGUUCAGCUUGCCCAGUUCAGAACAGAUAAAUUUAUCCCGCGGGCAGAGUUUGCGCAGUGACCUUUUCGAAAUCGAUAAUGAGAGCAGAAAGAGGGAAACAGUUUCCACAUGAGCAGGAAAAAAAAAGUAACCAUUUCCACAUGAGCUGAAAAAAACAAAACAACCACGUCCACAAAAGAGUAGGAAAAAAAAAAAAAACCCCCCCAUUUCCAUAACAACGGAAAAAAAAAAACUAGUUUCCACAUGAGUACCGUAGAAAGAAAAAAUGUAGACUACGCCCACCCGCUGCCCGCUCACUUCCCCCCACCGCUCACUCGCCGCCCGUCCGUUGCCCACCCAUUCCCCCCAUUGCCCGCCCGUUGCCCGUUGUCCGUUGCCCGUUGCCCGUUGUCCACUCGUUUCCCCCCGUUUCUCGCCGGCCGCUCGUGGACAUCGCAGUUUAUCCCGGGCAACUACUUGUGCUCUUUGUUGGGGAUAAAUCCACAGACUUGGAUCCUCCUAACCCAUCCUCUUUCUUUGGGUGCUCGGCGGGGUGUGGUGCUUCAAACUCCAAUUCUCAACUUGAAGUGCGAUGAUCUGGAAUUGCUGUUGACCAAUUUGUGCUGUGAGGGCCUGGUUUUGCGAUCAAAUUUGGCCAAAGGCCAAAAUCAUGACCCCUCAAAGGCCACUAACCACAGUCGAUAGUGGAGUUGCAUGUCUUGAUAUUAUUUCUGUAAAAUACACAUUUUGGUUAGCAAAUAAGUUAACUGACUCCUAGAAUUUCAUCAACAAACCCAGGAAUUUUGCUGACAUGGCCAAAAUCCGGAGAAUCUGUCCGGUACAGCGAGGGAUCCGGGACAGCGGGUGAGGUUUGGGUGGAAAGAAAGUCAAGGUUCAGAGAGAUUUAUACGGGACAGCGGGGUGUGAUUGUAUAAGGAAACACGGUGAUGGAUGAGAUAGGAGGAAGGUGGAGAGGGUUUUCGGGAGGAUGGAUGGCUGGGAUGGGUUUUUGUAUCAGAUUACCCCUUUCGCUCAUGAGAGAUGACGACGAUAGUCAUCACCUAAGGCGGAACCGAUUAACUUUCGUGACAACAACCAAGCUCAUGACACCUUACCUCAACAACCUCGAGGAA